UAAUUGUGACGAUAAAAGAUAAUCCAAAAGGAUUCCUUAAUGGAGCAGGUUUAGCUUUUUUAUCCAGCAAGCCAAUUGGUAAAAUAUAAAUGUAAAUAUAAAUCCACACAACCCUCCAAGCGAAGUUUCACAACUCGUUUUAACGCCAAAAGCGGCUAACAGGUACGCUUUGAUUUCGAUGGAGAAUUAGGCCUCUCCAGAGAGUCAGACUCUUUCCGAUUCCAUUGUUUAUGUUUUGAACCAUUCAUCUCUACCUUCUCUUAGCAAACGCUAAUAGUUGCAUUAGGGUUACUGUUUUGGUUUUGCUUUUGGAUUUUGCGUGGCUCACUGGAACACGUCUUUCUCUACAAGCUAUGGAGUCUACUCUGGUGAUCAAGGUUAAGUACGGUGAUACACUUAGGCGUUUCAAUGCUCAUGUUAACAAGAGUGGACAAAUUGAUUUUGACAUGAGUGGACUAAGGGCAAAAAUCCUUGGUCUAUUUAAUUUCCCUCUUAAUUCUGAUCUUACUCUGACUUAUGUUGAUGAAGAUGGCGAUGUUGUGACACUUGUUGAUGAUGAUGAUCUGCUUGAUGUGAUGAAACAAAGCCUGAAAUUUUUGAGGGUUAAUGUACAGCUGAACAAUGAUAGAUUUGGUAAAUCUUAUGCUAAAUCCUGUGGUAGUUCUAGCCCCUUGAGGUCUCCUCGAGUCCAGGAUCCAUUGCCAAACAUCAACCCCGAAGCUGCUGAUGUGCUGAAAUCUUUUCCAGAGCCACUUCGUGAGUCUCUUUCAAAGCUAUCCCUUGGCUUGUCUGACUUGACUUCAAAAAUUGUUGCUCCCAGUCCUGUGGUUGCUGAGAUUCUUGACUGCUUGUCUAAAAUGGGAAAAGCCUCCUUGAAUCCAUCUCAGCAGUCUCAAGUUGGUGCAAGUUCAAGCGCCCAAACAGGGGCUACAGAACAUCCAAUGGCUUUGGUAGUGCCUACCGAGGCAAAUGCUACCAAUGAUGAACCUAGCCGGGAGGUGACGGUUGCAAAUGUGACUAGAGGUGUGGGCGUGCCUGACAAACCUGUACUUACUCCUGUUGAUUUGAAUCUGGAUCCACCUUGUGAUUCUAAUCCAUCUGGAUGUGCAAAUGUUAUCUCUGCACCAGCACCUCAUGUUUAUGAGAGGAAAGUAACUAAGAAAAAAAAUGCUGGUCAGCCAAGUGAGAAGCCUUUUGGUAGUGGUGCAUCCUCAAGCUCUACUGAUUUAGCGAGGCCUCUUGGUAAUGAAUGCCCAUUUGGUGGAAUGCCUGCGGUAAAUGAGUCAUCUUUUAAUCCUUUUAUACUACCUCAAAUUAUUUCAUCUAGAAGGAGCAACGGUCGCAGUGAUGCCAUGGUUGGCAUGUUCCAUAGAGGUGUUCAGUGUGAUGGUUGUGGGGUUCAUCCUAUUACUGGACCUCGGUACAAGUCUAAAGUAAGGGGGGAUUAUGAUCUCUGCAGCAUCUGCUUUGCAAAAAUGGGUAAUGAAGCUGAUUACAUCAAGAUGGACAGGCCAGUGUUUUAUCGACAUCCACGGUCAUGCAAGGGGUUACGUGAUCUUAAGGCACAGAAGUUCUGGGUUGCCCCCCCACCUCUAUCACGUGUCAUGAAACAUUGUGGAAUAAAGCCAGUUCGAGCUAAUAAGCUGGACAGCCGCUUUAUUUUGGAUGUAACUGUGGUGGAUGGUACGAUGAUGGCUCCAUCCACUCCUUUUACCAAAAUUUGGCGGCUGCGCAAUAGUGGCAGCAUUGUGUGGCCUAAGGGAGCACGACUUGUGUGGAUUGGGGGAGACAGAUUCAGCCAUGCGGAUUCUGCUGAGUUGGAGAUUCCUGCAGAUGGUGUGCCUGUAGAUGGGGAACUUGACAUUGCAGUUGAUUUUACUGCUCCAGAAUUACCUGGUCGAUAUAUUUCAUACUGGAGGAUGGCAUCCCCAUCAGGCACAAAAUUUGGGCAACGUGUUUGGGUUCUCAUCCAGGUUGAUGCUUCUAUUAAAGACUCAGUUAGUGAUGGAGUUGGAGGUUUGAACUUGAAUUUGCCCCCUGACUGCGGUGGCUCCAAAUGCCCUCAAAUUAUAGAUGUGAAUCUGCAGCCUGUGAUGGAUAGUGGUUUGUUGGGUCCUUGCAAUUCUUCCUCACUUUCAGUGCCCAUGGUUGAUGUUGAGCAGCCUGAGAAGGACCAGGAGCUGAACUUUCCUACAAAUGAUACACUGUUGGUUGGUGAGGGUGUUUGGACUCCUACUCCUAAUCAGGCAUCCUCUUCUGUGUCAUAUCCUAUUAUAGACUUGUCUGAAGCAGCCCCUGUUGUUCCCUCAGAAGCCCUUCCUGCUGUGGAUAUCCCAACCUCACCUGAGGAGGUCAUUGUAAAAGAUGCUGUUGAGAAGUCUCUUCUUAAAGAACUUGAGGAGAUGGGAUUCAAGCAGAUUGAUUUGAACAAGGAGAUCUUGAGGAAGAAUGAGUACAACUUGCAGCAGUCAGUGGAUGACUUAAGUGGUGUUUGGGAUCCAAUUCUUGAAGAGUUGGAGGAGAUGGGUUUUUCUAACAAAGAAACGAACAGGAACCUGCUGAAGAAGAACAAUGGGAGUAUCAAGCGCGUAGUGAUGGAUCUUCUUACUGGGGAGAAGGCUUAAUGUAGUGAUGAUUAUAUCUGAAUGUGAAUCGUUAAGGCUAUUUUGUGGAUUCUGUAAAAAUUGCUCAGGAUAAAGGGCAAUUAGACCUUUUAGUAGGGGAUGGAGUUCUGUUUCUGGUUAAACAUAUUUUAUGCUAAAUGAAGAUUGUGGAUAAAUAUGUUUAGAACUUGUUUAUUUAUUGGGGUCGCAUUUUCUGUAGUCUUGUCCUGUGUGUAUUUAUUAUUACUAUUUGAAAUUCAUUAGUUGUCUUGUAGAUUGGUUCCGUGGUUCAUUUA